AUGAUCCUGUACAAGGCAGACGACGCCCUGAUGUGCAAAGUGUUUGCGAUGACUCUGCGAGGAGCAGCUCAGGAUUGGUUCCACACCCUACCGUCCGCGUCAAUAGGUAACUUCAAGGAGUUCGCCAUCAUUUUCACAAAGGAGUACACCUUCUACAAGACGGUCAGAAAGCAUGCAGACCACCUGUUCAACCUGCGCAAGAAGCCAGACGAGUCUCUACGAGACUACCUGAGACGGUUUAAGGCCGAGAAGGCUAACAUCAUAGGAUGCGACGACCAAGUUGCAUCCUCAGCUUUCAAGGGCUUGCCAACCGAGCACGAGCUAUACCGGGAGCUGGCCAUAACUCCAAGUCAAACCUUGGCAGAAGUGUUCGCGACGGCGGAGCGCUACGCACUUUGGGACGAUGAUCGUAUCUCCGCAAAGAAAGCUAGCAAGCAAGUUGACCACUCGACGAAGCAGGCAAGCCAAAAGAGCAACAAGUUCGAGCAAAAAGCCCGAGAUAAGCGCAGAUCGCGACCCCAAGAGGAAAGCUCAGAAACAGGGACCUUCACUGAAUUCGCUAUCCCAAUCAACCAGAUCCUAGCUCAGGUGAAGGACAAGCCGUGGGUGAGGAGACCACCACCCAUGAAAGGAGACCCCUCUAAAAGAGACACCAGCAAAUACUGCGCAUUCCACGGGGAGCACGGUCAUUACACCAACAACUGCAACGCUUGGAAAAGGCACCUUGAGGAGCUGGUCAGAGAGGGCCAUUGCACAGAGUUCGUUGCAAAGAAGGCUAUCCAGCAGAUCGAGGAUCGUGAUGUAGCUGCCAAGGAACCUCCCCAAAAGGUCAUUCGAAUCAACACCAUUCUAGCCGACUCCCAAGAGUCCGAGCUGACCACCAAGGAGCGCAAGAGAAAGAUCGCGCAGGCAACUUAUGUCUCCCAAGUCACAACGGGAGUACCAGCUGUUGGGGAUACACCUAUCAUACCAGUAAUGUAA